AAAAUUUGGAUCGAUUCGAUUGUCAUGGAUACCUGCUAGACCACAACAAGAUUAUAGGAAACGAAUGUGUUUAUUUAAAAAAAACAAACUUUUAAUGAUUUAAAAAAAAAAUUUUUACUUUUAAAUUCGUUAAUGAUUUGUUCUUCGUAACGACAGCAACCUGAACAAAAACGAUAAUAGUUGAAAUUUAUCGUCGAUUCGUUCAUGAACCAAAAGCCAUCAUCAUGCAAUCAAACACAACAAUCAUUUAUCCGGCUUCUUUUCUAUUUCGAAAAUGGUCACUUAUCAUAAUAAUAUCAUUGGAUUUAAUGAUAAUAUUCUAUACAACAUUUGCAUUAAUAGGCCGUCUACAAAUAUUGGAAAAUAAUUCGAAUGAUAUAACUGGAAAUAAUUAUUAUUCCGAAUUAUAUCAUAAUCAUCAUAUACAUGGUAGUACAUUGUUGAUUCAUAAAAAUCUUUACGAUUCUGAUGGUAAUAAUAAUGAUGAUGAUGAUGAUGAUAAUAAAUGGAUAAAUCAAACAUCAUUGAUAAUGGAGAUGAAACCAACGCAGGCUGCAUCAGCUAUUAAUCCAUUCAAUCUUUUUCCUACAUUAGCAUUUGAUGUUGAAAAUCCUACGACAAUGAUGACGACGACUACAACAACAACUAUAUCGACGGAAACGGAUACAUUUGAUGCAUUAACAUCGAAUAAUGAUGAUGAUGAUGAUGAUGAUCAAAUUGAUUAUGAUCGAUAUCAUUAUCAUCAUGAACAAUUUAAAAAUUCAAAUAAUGAUCAUACAAAUUCAUCAAUAUCAUCAGAAUCCGAACAUCCUAUUUGGUUUGAAAUGUUUGAACAUCGUAUCUAUCAACGUCCAAAGUUAUUAGCUCAAGUAAUGGCCAACUUUUUCGCUUAUAUUGUAUGUCUAAUUGGUUUGAUUGGCGUAUUACGGGAAAAUUAUUUCCUUACAACUAUUUAUGCAUGGUUUGGUUGUUUUUCAUUGGCAUCAAGCAUUAUGAUCUAUGUUUGGACAUGGGCACCGGAAUUAUUUGGAAAGAUUAUGUCGAAUCUAUUGUUUCUUAUUCUAUUAUUCAUGUAUCUAAGAGAUUUGGCUACAAUACGUUUACAAAUUACUGAAAAUAUUAUAAUUGUUGCUUAG